CUUUGCAGCUGCUGUGUCUCUUGGUUGUCUGGGAAGAAAACUUUCACAUUAAGAGUUGCUGAUGCGGAUUUUCUUUCUUUCCCCUUUCUGCGUUGAUGAGUGCCUGGCUCCUGACAGAAGCGAUUUGGCUCUCGGCUCUGUAGUUCAGAAGAGGCUGGGUCUAUAGAUUUUCCCCUAACUCUCCAUUGAUGUGUUGAGCUUCCGAGGGAAUAAUACCUUUGCUGAAGUCAUGUUGGCGUCUCAAGGAGUCCUCCUUCACCCUUACGGCGUGCCCAUGAUCGUGCCAGCAGCCCCCUACUUCCCUGGACUGAUUCAGGGUAAUCAAGAAGCAGCAGCCGCCCCUGACACGAUGGCCCAGCCUUACGCUUCGGCCCAGUUCGCUCCCCCUCAGAACGGCAUCCCCGCGGAAUACACGGCCCCUCACCCCCACCCCGCGCCAGAGUACACGGGCCAGACCACCGUCCCCGAGCACACGUUAAACCUGUACCCUCCCGCCCAGUCGCACUCCGAGCAGAGCGCCGCGGACACGAGCGCGCAGACCGUCUCCGGCACCGCCACACAGACAGAUGAUGCAGCACCCACGGAUGGCCAGCCCCAGACACAACCUUCCGAAAACACGGAAAACAAGUCCCAGCCCAAGCGGCUGCAUGUCUCCAACAUACCCUUCAGGUUCCGGGAUCCAGAUCUGCGACAAAUGUUUGGUCAAUUUGGUAAAAUCUUAGAUGUUGAAAUUAUUUUUAAUGAGCGAGGCUCAAAGGGAUUUGGUUUCGUAACUUUCGAAAAUAGUGCCGAUGCCGACAGGGCGAGGGAGAAAUUACACGGCACCGUGGUAGAGGGCCGUAAAAUCGAGGUAAAUAAUGCCACAGCACGUGUAAUGACAAAUAAAAAGACUGUCAACCCUUAUACAAAUGGCUGGAAAUUGAACCCAGUUGUGGGUGCAGUCUACAGUCCAGAAUUCUAUGCAGGCACGGUGCUGUUGUGCCAGGCAAACCAGGAGGGAUCUUCCAUGUACAGUGCCCCCAGUUCACUUGUAUAUACUUCCGCAAUGCCCGGCUUCCCGUAUCCAGCUGCCACCGCAGCGGCCGCCUACCGAGGGGCGCAUCUGCGAGGCCGCGGCCGCACCGUGUACAACACCUUCAGAGCCGCGGCUCCCCCGCCCCCGAUCCCGGCCUACGGCGGAGUAGUGUAUCAAGAGCCUGUGUAUGGCAAUAAAUUGCUGCAGGGUGGUUAUGCUGCAUACCGCUACGCCCAGCCUACCCCCGCCACUGCCGCUGCCUACAGUGACAGUUACGGACGAGUUUAUGCUGCCGACCCCUACCACCACACACUUGCUCCAGCCCCCACCUACGGCGUUGGUGCCAUGAAUGCUUUUGCACCCUUGACUGAUGCCAAGACUAGGAGCCAUGCUGAUGAUGUGGGUCUCGUUCUUUCUUCAUUGCAGGCUAGUAUAUACCGAGGGGGAUACAACCGUUUUGCUCCAUACUAAAUGACAAAACCAUAAAAACCUUCCAAUGUGGGGAGAAAGGAAGCUUUCCGAGGCCUGGGUAUUGCAAUACAUGCAGUAGUGCAUCAUUUUAGCAACUCUAAAAAAAUAGAAUAAAAAUUAAAAAGAGGAAAAAAAUUACAUUUUUUAUCUUAUACCUCAGAUAUUUUGUUCUGUGUAUUUUAAUAUUGUGGGUCUUUAAUUUCUGAAGGUUCCGUAGUUUGGUUGCUGGCUGUAGGAGUUUUUGUGGUUGAUCUAGAGAGAUGCUAGAUAUGAAUAAAAACUGGUUUAGGGCCAUAUCCAGAGUGCUAUAUCAUGUAAAUGAAUUAUAUAUGCUGAAUAUUAAGCUUCUGGGGUUAUCAGCUGUUUGGAAAGAGUAUAAGUGACUUCGGUAGUCAUUUUUUUCUGCAUCUGCAUUAUUUUAUUUUGUGAAAGGGAAGGGUGGGAACGGCUUAGGGGAUUGGAACUGGGGUUUGGCUGAAGGAAAAAAAUAUAUAGAAAAUAUAGUAACUGAUGAAUCCAAACGAUCCACUGCACCAACGUUCAUAUAUCCAAUGGUUCUAAGUUACUCAUUGCCAAUUCAAGCCAAAGGUUCUGUUGUAAAGGGGGUGCCUCUAGUAGCACUUGUGCAGUUGAGUUGAAUAAAGUUGUGCAAACCCACCCUUUAAACCAUUCCACCUGGCAGUAUUCAGCUUCUUAACCAGCCGCUAGUUAUUUAGGCAAAAACUGCUAGUUAGGCUAUCAACAAGCAUUCUUUUUAUAUUUCUUCCAGUAUAAUAAAUUAUUGAUAUCAUUGCUGACUUUUAUAUUAUGGGAGGGAAAAAAUAACAUUAAUAAAAAGGUGAUAAAAAGCACUGUUUCUAUUUUUUUCUUUUUUUCCAAAAAAAAAAAGAAAGUAAUAAAAACUUAAAUUCUUUGUACCAGUUAAAAAAAAAAUGUAUAAAAUUUACAUCUGUGCAGUGGAGUUGUUAAGUUCUAGAAACAGUCUAUGAGCUUUAGUUUUAGCCUAGUAGAACAACUGUUAGAGACAGACGUAUAAUUUUUAUGGAAUUACAUGAUAAUCAUAUUCGGAUUUAUAGAAGCAUUUUACAAGUAUUGCAAUCAUUGAGUAGAGAUAAUUAGGGUAUUUUCAUCAGCUUGGUACUUUUUGAAACACUGACUGCGUUGUGUAAGCAAUCUGCAAUUUUUCAGUCCGUGAGAACCUGCCCUUCCAUUUCUCCCCAAACCCAAGGACUAUCUCAGACCAGUUUCUUCAGCUCCAUCUCCAAGGCCCAGGACACUUGUCAGAAGGAAGCAAAAAAAAGUAGGUCCACUUUAUCCCUGAAGAACGAAGUCCCCUGACCCCUUCUCAAAUGCAGGGCCAGAGUGACACAGCCGAAAAAUUGCAGUUUGUCUGUACUACUUCUGUUUGAACUCUUUCCAUGUUGUCCUGUUUACAAGUUAACCUAAGUUGGGGUAUCCGUCAUGGGUCUUCCUGUUUUUGUAUUUAAUACAAACAGCAGCAAGCUGUCCCAAGUAGUUUUGCUGCCCUAGUUAAAUCCUCAUGUACACAGUGCAGGCCCUAUGGCGUGCACUUUAGUAAGGUAUCGACUCACCGCUGUGAACCUGCCAAUCCGCUGUAACAACUCUGCUUUAAAACAAAACCAAACAAAACUUAUAAAAAAAAAAAAGUGUUUGUGAUCCAGCUUUCUCUUGUCAUCCUAUGUGCAUGCCGUAAGAUCAGUUGGAUAUUAAACCAUCAAUAAAGUUUCACAAAAUUUGAAAACAAAGUUUCUGUAGCUUCGAUAUCCAAGACAGAUCACAGUUGUCUUGAACAGAGAGAAAGGGGGGAAACUGCUUAGCAGCCAAAAGCAAACAAAAUGUUCUUUUCACCAGACUUAUUUGGGUGGGU